AUGGAUGUGACAGCCGAAUUCCAGGAGCUACCGCGCGACGACGAUAUCGAAAUCGAUCUUGACGUGUAUGAAGAUCAUGUUGAGAUCGAUGAUGGCGAUAUUGUUGUAGACGAUGCGUCUGCCACGGCAUCUAAUCAUCCGGAUAUGUCGGAAGACUUUGAUGACCUCUCAAAGGAUGCAGAUAUGGUUGACGACUACUCAACAACUCAUAUUUCUCGAACAACCCCACCUCAAAGCGAUCAUUCCGAAUAUAACGCGCCCGUUCCUCAGCCUGACCAAGCCGUCUACGAUGAAGAGGUAGAGGAUGACUAUGAAGAAGAUAUAGAUGCUCCGAUUCCUGGGAAUUAUGAAGAAGAUGGGGUGGCCACGACGAGUGCCCAGGACCUUUCCGCGCCCAAUGGAGAUGAGGAAGAUGUCCAAAGCAUGGGUAUCCAAGCGCAACAAUCUUUGGCAGCCAAGUCGGAACCGGUAUCUACCGACGAACAAGCUACGCUCAAUCACCCACAGGGGUGUUUAACACAGGCCUCUGAAAAGAAUGAGUUCUCGCAAACUGACUACGCGGCUCAAAUAUCCGAUGAAAAGGUUUAUGAUCAAAAGAGUGAAUAUACACAAGCAGAUUUUCACUCUCCCUACAAAAAUGGUGAAGAAGAAGGGGUUCCGGAAGCCGAGCCCAAGGAGCCCACCCUGACCUCUGGUCAAGGCGUCACUGAACAGCUCCAGGAUACUCAAGAGGACACGGAGCGAAUCAAAGAAGAAGUUAAAGUGGAAAGAAUAGCGGAACAGGGCAAUGAAAGCAUCGUGGAGCCAGACGGAAUACCCGACGAGGUUGACAAUAUGAAAAAGAAGCACCCAGAACCAGUCUCCGUCGGACAUCAGGGACCGGAAGUACAAGGUGAAAACAUUGAGGACUACUCACCGCUCCACAGAGUAACCGUGUUAUAUCAAGACAAUGAGAUGUCGCUUUUCCCGCCUAACGAAAGUGACCCGUCAGAAAUCUACCUCCUGGAAGAUGAGGAGUUGGCACAUGCCCCUCUCUAUGAGCUCUUCAAGGCUUUUCGUAAAGUUCUUGGGACGUAUAUUGCUGAUGAAGAUGAGUUGGUGGUUUCUAUCGACUCUCUAUAUAUCCAGCUAAGUGAAAUCGCUGUUAAGUCUUUAGAAGUUACCCUGUCUCAGAUUUUACGCCUAUACCUUGAUUUUUGCCGUAAUGAUGACAUUGAAGAUCCCGGACCAUUAUAUUUAAACCUCAGCUCUAGACCUACUUUGAAAGCCGAUUUAGCGGCCCUGCAAACAGCCGCUGACAAUGGCCAAGGAUUGUCUCAACUAGGUGCAUGGCAGGAUGCCGAUGAAGCUGUCGAUGCUGAUGGCGAAACCGAGCUGCCUGCGACCGUUGAAAGCGACUCCGAUGACCAUGGUUCUAGCCCAUCGGAGGCGGAAGUAAACUUCUCAGUCUCGGCCGAGCACAUUGAAGAUUCCGUUGCAGGACAAUCCUAUCCCAAUGAAGAAGAAAGAGGUUCAACCCUAGACACUCGCUUGCCUAAAAGUGAAGAAAUCCUACAGGAAAAGCAACUUGACAUGGUGAACGAAAAGUUUUCGGAUUCAGAAAAAAAUCGCGCUACUAACAUCCCUGAGGGAGAUGGCGAUGAGGAACAAGAAGACUCGUGGCACGACGAGGAAAACCGUCAUUCAAUCGAAGUUGACAGUGAGCACCAAAACGAUAUUGCAGAUACCCUUGGCCAAGGCGAAGUACAAACUUUGGAGCCUGAUCAAACAGGAGUUGAAGAGGUUGAAGAUGGUGAAAUUCAAUAUCAAACUGAUGGUACUAUGCGGGCAAGAAGUCCGCUCUAUGAUGAUACAGACCGUUUAUCUACUACAGCUGCUAGCCCUUCAGCGGAAACUCCACUGAACGAAGAAGCUCGGGGAAAUGCUCAGCCAGAAUUAGCCCAAAACGUUCAAAUUGGUGCCGACGCCACGGAAGAGCUUCCAGAACAUGAAAGCAAUAUUAACCUCCAAGUUGGCCCAAACGACAUUCCUGGAAACCUAGAAGACCAACGUGAUUCCACGCCCAUACCUGGAAACGGCGAAAUCCCAAAUGUAUCAAAAUCACCAGACCGACCAGUCACCCCGAACCCCAAUCCCGAUGAUUUUGAUAUUGAUGCGGACCUUUUCAAAAGUCCCGUUGUAGAACCAUACGAACAUGCGAACUUGGGGCAGACAAACGUUCAACCCUUCACGAAAGUAGAAUCUCCCGCGAGGAAUCCCACGUACGAAGAGACAAGCGAGUUGAUGGCAUUUGACAAUGAUCGCGACGAAUUUCCAGAAUGGGACUUGAUCGAACCCGAAAAGGACCACAUUCCGCCUUAUAGUUACAGUCCGAAGGUUGAGAAACGACCUCGCGUCGAUGAAGAAUAUAAUGAUUCGGAAGACGCAUCCCCUGAUUUGAAACGGCACCGUUCCGAAUAG